CCGCUCGUCAGGGCCAGCCGCUGCCCGGUGCUGCUCUGGGCCUCUCGCGGGAGGCCGCCGCCUUUGGAGCGGGGGAGGUCCUAGGGCCGCCGCCGGUCCCCCUUCCCCCCCAGGAGCCCCGAAGCGGCAGCAGCGGCGGGGUCCCCCCGGAGGGAGGCCGGUGCGGGGCUGCUCCAGAGGCGCCCCUGCUGCUGCCGCUGCCGCUGCGGAGUCGGGCGCCCGAUCCUCGCGCCAGGAAGGCGGGUCUGGUCACGGGUGGCCCGGCGGGGCGAUUGCGGGCCGCCGCCGCCGCCCUGCUGCCCUUUGUGCCUCUCCGGCCGGGGAAGGAAGGAGUGGCUGGCUCGCCCGGGGAGGGGGGCGCGCUUGGCCCCAACACUCCCUGCCGAGCGGCCGGGUGGCGGCGGCGGCGGGGGCGGCCCCUGAGCGGAGUGGCCGCAGCCUGGCCUCCCCGGGCAGCAGAAGCCGGCAGGGCCAGAGGCAGGCAGGGAGAUGGCGGGCGGGCGACCCACACACAGAGGCCCCGGGCCAGGAGAGCUCCCCGGGCUCGGCGGGCUUUCCUGCCUCUCUCGCCCCUCGCCAGACUCUGCCUACCGGCUGGCAGGGAAAACCACCCGCCUUUUCCUCUCCUCCUCCUCGGCUCUAGGCAUUGUGUGUCUGUCGGAUGGAGACCUCGGAAAAGCCUCCCGCUCUGUAGGGAAUUCGGGUGGCCCUCCCCGACCUGUGGCCUGCUGUGUCCCCUGCCUCUGCAGUGUUGACUGGGCGGCGACUUGUUCGUCCCAGCUCGUGCGGAUAUGCAAUAAAGUGGCAUGCCCGCAUUCCCUUUUCCCCGUGUUGCUGCUGGAUUUGGAGGGAUUCUCUCUGGCCCAGAAUAACCACUUUAGGCCCUUGGGCUGAUUUGCCAGUUGUGGGCACAGCUGGCAAGUUGAAACCCUGGCCAUGGUCAGUGAUGCUUUAGUGGCCUUCAGACUGGAUUACUGUAAUGCACUUUCUGUGUGGGACUGCCUUUGAAAAUGGUUUGGGAGAUUUGACUGGUGUAAAUAUGCUAUUGGGGUCAAUAAGAAUAUAUUAGGCAUAUUCUGUAGCAUCUGCAUUGGUUGUUGGCUUUUUCCGGGGCCCAAUUCAAAGUGCCAGUUCUGACCCCUAAAGCCCCAUAUGGCCCCUUGAGAGCUGCUAAGUCUCCACUGGGAGCAGGGCCUUUUUAGUCUUGGCUCAGAAAAAAACAAACCUUGAGAGGUUUGUUUUUCUUCUCUGGUCUCAUUUCAGAAACAGAUGAUCACAUAUGAAGCAGUUCUUAGAUAAAACCCAAUAUAUUUGGGUUUUGGUGGCUUAAGUUACCUGUAAGGACAAAGAAAAGAGAGGUGCAGAAAAAAGAAUAACUGCAAAGCAACACAUCCCAGGAAGGCUGAAUAGAUCCAUAGUAGGAAAAGGGGGCUAGUGUAACAACAACAAAUAUUUAUAUACCACUUUUUAACAAAAGUAUCCAAAGUGGUUUGAAUAGAGAAAUAACAAAUCCAUAAAUAAGAUGGAUCCCUGUCCCCAAAGGGCUCACAAUCUAAAAAGAAACAAGAUAGACACCAGCAACUGUGCUGGAGGUACUGAGCUGGGGGUGGAUAGGGCCGGUUACUCUCUUCCUAUUAAAUAAAGAGAAUCGCCACGUUAAAAAGGUGCCUCUUUGCCCAGUUAGCAGGGGUUAAGCACUUCUUUAACGAGCGGAAGAAGGCUUCCCUCGUUUCUCUGUCUGGUCAGAGCAUGCUUAAACCAUCAGACCAAAAGCAAUUAGUGGCUGGUUUAAAAAAUGUGGGAAACCAGAUGACACAAUUUCAGACGAAGUUGAAAUUUUUGAAGGAGUAGGGCAAACUGGCUCUUGAGAAGAAAAAUGAUGUGGGAAGGAGCAGUCUAGAAAAACUGAAAACAAAGCACGUGUUAGUGUCUGGUGUGUUGAGCUAUGUAUAAAUAAGAGCAGUUUACUUGAGACAUAAGUCGUGUCAGUGUGAUUUAGUGAUUAGAGUGACCAUACAGGAUCGGGGAAACCUGGGUUGAAAUCCCUGCUUGGCAAGGACGCUUUCUAGCUAACCUUGGGCCCUCCAUGUUAUGGUGCCUGCGCCUUUCACCUUAGGGAAAGCCCACCUGUGGCAUGUUUUACACUUUAUAAUCUUACUUAGCAGGGUGUUCGUUGAUGCUGUGAACUACCUUGGGGGUCUGCAGGCAAAUGAUGGUAUAUCCAUGCUAUAACGAAAUCUUAGCUUAAUGUACCUCACAAGGUGUUCAGUUAUGGUUACCAUAUCUCAAGAAGGAUAUUGAAGAACUGGAAAAGGUGCAGAAGAGGGCAACUAAGAUGGUCAGGGUUCUGGAGCACCUUCCUUAUGAGGCAAGGCUACAGCAUCUGGGGCUCUUUACCUUGAAGAAGAGGCAACUACGGGGGAGACAUGAUCAAGGUGUAUAAAAUUAUGCAUGGAGUAGAGCGAGUGGACAGAGAGAAAUUCUUCCCCCUUUCUCACAACUCUAGAACCAGGGGCCAUCCCAUGAAACUGAAGGUCAGGAGACUUAGGACCGAUCAAAGGAACUACAUUACUGCCUAUGGGCAUUAAUGGGCUGGAUGAGGAACAACAAAUUGAAGCUGAAUCCAAGCAAGACAGAGCACCAUCAUGGCAGAGCUUUUUAUGGAAUGUGAAGAAGAGGAGCUUGAGCCAUGGCAACAAAAAGUGAAAGCCAUUGUGGUGGAUGAUGAUGACGAUGAUGACGAACCCAUCUUUGUUGGGGAGAUCUUGAGCGCCAAGCCAGCCAGUACAUAUAUAUUGAACAGAGUGAACCCCAGCUCACUACGCAUGGGAAUGCAGAAUGGUGCACCAAAAAGAGGUGCAGCCAGACCGCCCAGUCCUGGAGCUGUGGCUGCUGCUGCUUCAGGCUUCCAGUCUCCAGCCAGACCUGCAGCAAGCACCCUGGCAGUUCAGCCACAGCCACGAGCUAACAGUGGUUCAGGAACAUCGCAGGUGCUGCCAAGACCUCUUUCUGGAUGUGCAUCGCCACAAGAGGCAGCCAAGUCCAGUGCUGGAGUCGCUCCGCCUGUUAGUAGAUCCGCCGCAAGCUUAGCGAGGAACCUCAGCAUCCCUGUCUUGGCUCAGUCUCCAUCCAGACCGGUGGCCGCCGUAACUGCGCAGCCUGUCUCCCUGAAUCGGGUUAUACCAAAUAAUACUUCUGGCCUAGUCUUUGGCUUAAGGCAGAAUUUGGGGGUCUCGCAGUGCCAGAGUGGAUCCGCAGGAAACACAACAGGUUUGUCCAAGCGUCCAUCUACUUCUGAAGCCAACAGUAUUACUCCAAAAAAGGCCAAGGCCAAUGAAACGGGAUCUGGAGGUGAUUCACUCGUUUUGCCUUCUGUUAAAUCUCCAAGUGACACAUCAUCACUUCAGAAAGGCAUUACACCAAGCAAUGUUAAAAAUGGAGCCCCUUUCCCUCAAGCAUGUCCAAAGUGUAAUAUUCAUUUCAAUCUUCUGGACCCAUUAAAACAUCACAUGAAGUAUUGCUGUCCAGAUAUGGUACAUACAUUUUUGGGAAUUAACCCAACAGACUGUUCAGGUACAUCAACUAAGAUUGCUGAAACAGAAAAAGGAAAAUUGAUUAUGUUAGUUAAUGACUUCUAUUAUGGCAAAUAUGAGGGUAACGUCCAGCAGGUGCGUCAGGAGCAGAAGACACAUACAACCUUUAAGUGUGCCAGCUGCAUGAAGCUUCUGAAAAAUAACAUAAGGUUUAUGAACCAUAUGAAGCAUCACUUGGAGCUUGAAAAGCAGAACAGCGAAAGCUGGGAAAGCCACACCACCUGCCAGCACUGUUACCGUCAGUUCCCAACACCUUUCCAGCUGCAAUGCCACAUUGAAAGCACCCACACACCCCAUGAAUCAUCGACAAUAUGUAAAAUAUGUGAACUAUCCUUUGAAACCGAGCAAGUUCUUUUGCAGCAUAUGAAGGACAAUCACAAGCCUGGGGAAAUGCCAUAUGUUUGCCAGGUGUGCAGUUACAGAUCAUCGUCAUUUUCAGAUGUGGAAAAACACUUUAGAGCGGUUCAUGAAAAUACAAAAAACCUGCUUUGCCCAUUUUGCCUUAAAGUUAUUAAAAUUGGGGCACCAUAUAUGCAUCACUACAUGAGACAUCAGAAAAAAGGAGUCCAUCGUUGUACAAAGUGCAGACUCCAGUUCCUGACAUGCAAAGAAAAAAUGGACCACAAAUCUCAGCAUCACCGGACAUUUAAAAAACCUGUUCAGUUGGAGGGAUUGCCUCCAGGAACCAAAGUUACUAUCAGAGCUUCUGUGGGAUCUCUUCAUCCUGGAUCAUUGACUGCGUCUUCUGUGAGCACAAGCGCGUCCACCUUACAGUUGCCUCCCAAUACGAAAAUGACAUACACUAAGAACCAUACGAAACUGAAUGCAAGCAAAGCCAAGCCAAAACUGAAGCCCUUGAGCCUGCAGAAAAAGCAAAGUCCAGGAGCUAGCAGCAGCAGCCAGAACAGCAACAGUGGCGGUGGCGGCGGCAGCAACAAAAGGAACAAUAAAAUUGCAAAUACAGCCUUAAAUAAUCUCAGAUGUUCAGAAAUUCAGAAAUGCAUUGAGUGUUAUUCGGAUAUAAGGACUUUUGCCAGCCACUUCCCAGCCUACGUCCGCUGCAGUUUAUGCCGAUACAGCACUAGCUGCAGCAAAGCUUAUGUAAAUCACAUGAUGAGUUUUCAUAGUGCUCGUCAAAGUAAACGGUUUUGGAUUUAUAAGAACCAUUCAGAACAACUAAGGGGCAUUACCGUUGUUUGUCUCAAUUGUGACUUCCUGACGGAUGUUUCUGGCUUGGAUAAGAUGGCCACACACUUGAAUGAAAGCCCUGCUCACACUUGCCAGGUUGUUAUAGAGAAUGUUUCCUUAGACGACCUAGAUGCUGAAAACCUUCCUGACCUGGUAAGCAACACGUUAUUGCAUAACGAAAGUGAAGAAAACCCCCAGAAAAUUUCAAGACCUAAUACACCUGAAGGGCAAAAGGAGACAUCUGCUUCUGCAAGCUUGCAAACAAAAGACUCUGCAGAAGAAACAAACAAGGAGCACCCAGCAAAUCAUACUGAUGAAGCUCCUUUAGCUCCAGAGUGUGCAGAAAACAAAUUCCCUUCAGUUCUAGAAAACUCCUCCAGUCCAGAGCUCCAGGCCUGCUCAAAAGAUCCCACAGAAUCUGCAGGAGGAGGAGAUGCAGCCAGCCUUGGAAAUCAAACCCAUGAAGCUCCUUUAGCUGCCAUGUGUGAAGAAAAUAAAUCCCCUUCAGUUCUAGAAAGGUCUUCCAGUCCAGGACUCUUGGACUGCUCAAAUGACUGCACUGACUCUGCAGAAAAGGGAAAUAUCGACAGCCUUGGAAAACAAACUGAUGAAGCUCCUUCAGUUGCAUGCAUGGAAGCUGCAUCUGUGUUAGCUGUUGAAGGGCCCACCAUUCCGGAACUUAAUACCUGCUCCAAAGACUCUGCAGGAGAAGACAAAGAUCACCUUGGAAAACAAGGUGAUGGGGAUCCUUUGGCUGUCCAAUGUGAAGAAAAUAAGCUUCCCUCACUUCUUGGAAACAUCUCCGAUCCAGGGCUCCAAACUUGUUCACAAAACCCCAUGGACUCUGCAGAAGAAGGAGGUGCAGACCCUCUUGGGAAACCGGGUGAGUGCAAAGAGAAUAAAUUGGUUCUGGAAAGCAAUCAAGGAUCCUUAGCCUUCUUGGAUGAGCCUACGGACUUUGCAGAAGGAGGAAAUCUGGACAGUCUUGAACAUGAAACUUCAGAGAGUGAAGAAAGUACAUCUGUGCCAGCAACAGGAGAUGCUUCUGCUUCAGAACCCCACGGCUGCUCAAAAGACUCUGCAGAAGCAGCAACUGGGGACCACCUUGGAAGACAAGCUGAUGCAUGUGGAGAAAAUACAGCCGUGUUAGCUGUAGAUGAUUCUGUCAGUCCAGGGCCCCAAGCCUGUUCAAAAGAGAUCUUGCCUGAAAGGACAGAGUGUGAGGAUUCAGGUAAGGAUGAUCACAUAGGAGGAGAGGAAAAGUUGGAAACUGCCAUCGUUGGUGAAGCAGAAAGUUGUCCAAAUUCAGAGGAGGCCGUCUCAGAAAACCAGACAAAAGUGGCUGAGUUGGAUGAAGUGAGACUUGAGGACAUGGAUACAAACAACUCAAACUUGACAUCUGAGGAAGAUGUCAGCUUUGAACAGUUUUUGAGGAGACGAGGCGAGCCUGACUCUGCAAGUUCCGAUGCGAGCGAGCAAGGGAGCGUGCAUCUCGAGCCCCUGACUCCAUCGGAGGUCCUUGAGCAUGAAGCGACGGAGAUUCUGCAGAAAGGUGGUGUUGCGCCUUCAGCCCAGAAGGCUGGGCUGGGUUCUGAACCAGCUUCUAGAGGGAGUAGCCCCAGCCAAGUGGAGGAACCUGUGAGCCAGACAGAGGAGAGCGAGGAGACCAGUUGAAGCGGAGCACCCUGCUUUUGCUUGGGGUCCAUACAAAGGCAAGGCAUUGGACCAGUUUCUGUGGGUACACUGACGGAUGGAUGCAGGAGGAGGGAGAUGGAGCCGUGUGUUAUGCAUCAAACUUGGUUGAAGCUUAUUACAGAAAGAUAAUAUAGGCAGGCCUUGUACGGUCGAAGGAGGUAGGAGCAGCCUUGCCUGCCAUAAUUGAACCCGUGAGCUCAAGAGGCAAACCUCUCCUAUUUAUUUAUUUUAUUUUGAGCAAGAUCCCUAUAGAAUCACAUUCUUUGUAGUAGUUGGGUGGUUGUUCUCUAUAAAGAAUUUUUCAUCCAUGUCAGUUUGGAGAAGUGGGAGCUCUGGACUGGAUGUCGCCUUCCUUUCCCCCCUUAGAGCAGGUCCUGCCUAGCAUUCUCCCCUCUGGGUCAGGGUGGUCUGGCAAGAUUAGAAGCUUACCUUAAACUUUCAGUGAAAGUGGAAUUAUUAUGAAAAGUAACUAUAUUUGUGGGUUUCCCAGCAUACAGGCUGUGCAGAAAGCUGGCACGCUGCUUGUGUAAAACGGGCCACUUUCUGGAACUGUGUCUUUUGAGGUGGUUCAUGGUUUGAUUUUUUUUAUUGGCAGCAGGCCCAGAAAACCCAGAGUGGGUCUAGAAAGGAAGCAGUGCAGAAACUGUUACAAAAAGUGGACUGAGAAACAUUUAAAUCGGGUAUUGAACUGUUUUUCGUCUGCACUGUUGUACAACAAACUGAAAUGGAAUGGUGGGGGGGCGGGGUGCUGGCAUGAAGAUCAUUUUGAUAUGUAGUGAGGUAAAGGAAUGCAUAAGAUGAUUUAACAGUAGCUUGCUUUUUCAGUAUCAACAAGCUUAAUUAAAAUGUUCAAUUUGAAUCUUUUAGAAAGUGAUUUGACUUGUUCAGGUUUGUUUUUAAUGAAUAUUAAAUGUUUUGAACAUCCGUUAAGACACUGAUGUACAUAUUUUGAGUAAAUAUUUGCAAGAAAAUAUGACAAACAA